CGCAGACUCGGCGCAGUGGCUGUCGGUGAAGGAGGAGACCAUCUUCCUGCACGACGGGCUGAUCCGGGUUACCGACCUCGCCGAGCUGCCCAGCGAGAUCCUCGGCGCCCCGGAGGCCGCCGACACCGACCUGGAGAUUUUAACAUUCGAGACCAAGAACCCGUCGGAGUUAGCAGAACGUUUGCGCUCUGUUUGUGGGAAUCAGAGCAAUGCCUACGCCCGCCUGCUGGAAUACCGCCUGAACGCCUUGCGAGGACUGUGGAAUGCCCAGCGCCAGCUGGCCUUGGAAGAACAGCAUGAAAGGGAAAGUUCGGGUGAUGAGGAAACUUUGGCCUUGCUCAAACGCCAGGGCUUGUUGCAGCAACCCGAGCAAGCGCCCUUCACAUCACGGAUGGGGCUCCUGCUGGUCUUCCCCCUUAUUCAGUCCCAGAGUAGAACAGACCCCUCUCUCUGUAACAUAACUGCUGAGGUGCUAUUGAACUGCCUUCGCGACUGCCAGCCUUUGAGCUUGACCAAGGAGCCUGCUGACUGUCUCAAUGGAAUUGAAACUUUGCUGUGCUCUUGGCUAGAGGAGACUUCUGACAUAGGCCGACACAUCCCACAUAAGCAAAAAGAAAAUGCUGCUGCCGCCCUGGUGGCUUUGGCAUGUGCCAGGGGAUCACUGAAAACUUUUGUCCAUACAGUCCAUCUAUUACAGAAACAGACUGAUCUAGGGUCCCUACCUGUUGCUGACGUACUGUAUAGGCUAUUGCUUUUGGAAGGGGGGCCUGGCUCCCCGUCCUGUCUGCUUGGGGGCAAGCACAUAGUAUCAUGGGGGUAUGAAGACAUGUUGCCUGCGCCAGAUAGCAACACUGGCUCCAGUUCUGAAAAUAAAGAUGCUGACUUGGGACGCUGUCUCACGGCAGACGGUCUUUACCUGUAUACUACUAACUCGGUUGGAAGAGGAGUGAGCAAACUGGGGUCUGGAUUACAUGGUACACUCAGAGGUUUUGUGUAUUGCCGGAACGAGGAACUGGAACCAGGAUGGGUGGCUUUUGGCAGUGGCAGUCUUCUCCACCGGCCUGUAUCUUUUGAUAAUAAACCUCACUCCCUUUUCCAGGUCAUUGACCAGAAUACCCUUCAGGUGUGCCAGAUGGUGCCAAUGCCGGCCAAUCACCUUCCUGUUGGCAGCACCAUGAGCACCGUGCACCUCUCUUCAGAUGGCACUUAUUUCUAUUGGAUCUGGUCUCCUGCCAGUCUGAAUGAGAAAACACCGAAGGGACAUUCUGUCUUCAUGGACAUUUUUGAACUUGUGGUUGAAAAUGGUGUCUUUGUAGCCAACCCACUUCAGGAACGCACAAUUCUAAUGAGAAAAGAGGGCGAGUCUGCAAAAAGCAUUAAUGAGAUGCUUCUGAGCAGACUUUCUCGGUACAGGGCCUCCCCGUCGGCAACACUCGCUGCGCUGACGGGCUCCACCAUCUCCAACACGCUAAAAGAGGAUCAGGCAGCAAAUACUAGCUGUGGGCUGCCUCUGAAAAUGCUACGGAAGACGCCUAUAUAUACCUGUGGCACGUACUUGGUGAUGCUGGUGCCACCUCCAGGGGGAUCAGGCAGUUCUGCCACCCGCUCUCUCUUCGGUGGAACAAGUGGUUUGUCAUCUUUAAAAAUCCUAGCCUCUAGCUUGGUGUAUAAUAUUUCGGAUGGUCAGUUUACAAGUCGUGCGGAUCUCAUAGAUGCUGCAGGAAGCUCACUGGGGCGUGGUGCUCUCGUGCCAGGAUUGGGUGCCUGUUAUGAUACCGUGAACAACAUGCUGUGGACGUGCUCGAAUGACUAUAUCGAUCAGUGGUGUAACCCCGGGAACCAGGCCUUCCAUUAUGUCUGCCAGAGACUGGGAGUCAGCCACAUUAUCACUGAGCCCAAAGAAGAGGCUAUAACCACGAAUGAGGUUAUAAACCAAUUAUUGCACCACGUUGGUGCGAUGUGCAUACACCAACUCAAUCUUCUUGCUACCAACCCCAAUCUUCCAAUCACAAGUGUCUUGGGCAAGCAGCAUCCGAUUGAAGCACACCAUCUUAGCAGUAUUUGUGACAUUAUGGAGAAGGCCAUGGUUAACGGAGAUACCUGUAUUAUACGCUGCAUUCUCGUUGUCUUUCAGGUGGUGUUUAAAUUUUUCUUCAGCCCACAAACUGAAAGGAAUCGAGACAUCAUUCGACGGUCAGGAUUGCUUCUUUGGCAGUUGUUGAUGGCACCAAAAGAUCAAAUUUGCCCUGAAAUUCAGAAGGAAGUCUGCCUUGCCAUCAGCUCUGGUUUAAAUAUCUUGUACCCAGGUGAAACUGAAAUCAAUAACUUGCUUAAGUUGGUCUUAACAGAAGGAGAGAGAAACAGCGGACUCUCACAGCUGCGGGAUGUGAUCCUAACCAACUUAGCUGAACAGCUUCAAAACAACCGAUUUGGCAGUGAUGAAGAUGAUCAUUACAGACUAAAUGAUGAACUUUUACACUACAUUCUGAAGAUUGUCGUACGAGAAUCCUGCAUCUUAAUCACCAAGUGCCAAACUGUCUCUAAAGAUGAUUUUCAAAAGCUCCUUUCAACUGUGCCUGCUGCAUCCUCCUGCCUGCGCUAUCUGAUGGCAGUUCAGAAUCACCUUCUCAGUAACACUAUUUUGAUUAAACCUGAUGAGAAUGAUGACAGUGACAACUCCUUGCAGGGAGAGACAUUGAAGGUACAGGAGCUAAAAGUCAGUAUUUUGGCUCUUGCCACCCAAAUCCUGACUGGAUGUGAUGAAGUGUUGGAAAUGCUACAGCAGGUCACAACUGCCCUCAUAAAUAGUGACAUAGCAGACCGUGAACAGAGGUUAAAAGGCUUGGAACAAGUUACUAAGGCUACUAUGCUUGGUCACCUUCUUCCAGUGUUACUGACCUCCCUGAUGCAUCCAAAUUUACAGACUUUGAUCAUGGCCGAUGCCCUGAUGCCUCAGCUAGUGCAGCUGGUACUCUAUACCAGCCAGACGGCUUUGCUGCUUAAAACCCAAUGUCCAGUUUUUGCUGAGAUGAGCUGUUCCCCAUGUGGUGCAUCAGACCAGAAGUGCAGGCUGUUCCCCGAUGAGAGAAUGCUAGAAGAGAAGGAAGAGCCAGGCUUUCUCACUGGUUUAAAGAUUCCUGCCCCGUGGGCUGCUGGGAAAACUGUGGAAACAGUCCACCCUGUCAGAGACAACUAUAAAUUUAAAGAAACUGUCCACAUUCCGGGAGCUCGCUGCCUGUAUCUUAGAUUUGAUAGCAGGUGCUCGUCGCAAUAUGACUAUGACAAAUUGGUGAUAUACGCGGGGCCUAACACAAACAGUAGGAAGGUUGCUGAGUAUGGAGGCAAUACACUGGGAUAUGGCAGCCGUAGUGUCUUAGGAACUGGUUGGCCGAAAGACUUGGUGAAGGUGGAAGGAGAUACAGUCACCUUCUCCUUUGAAAUGAGAAGUGGCCGUGAACACAACACUCCUGAUAAAGCUAUGUGGGGCUUUGCUUGCACAGUUCGCGCUCAGGAGUCUUCGGAGGAUGUCUCAGGAGGCCUGCCCUUUCUGGUAGACCUGGCUUUAGGUCUGUCUGUGUUAGCUUGUUCCAUGUUAAGAAUCCUGUACAAUGGACCAGAAAUUACCAAAGAAGAAGAAGCCUGUCAGGAGCUCUUGCGGUCCAAACUCUUACAAAGGUGCCAGUGGCAGGUGGAGGCCAAUGGUGUGAUCUCCCCUGCCCUUACUCCGAGUCCCUCUCCACUGCCUCUGACCAUAGAAGAAGACAGAGAAUUCACCUACCCCUCUGACGUCCUCGUGCCUCCUGUUGGGAACUACUUUGAUCUUCCCCGGAUCAGGCUGCCUCCAGGAAUCAUGAUAAAGCUCAGGGAAAUUUCUGGGCGUGCUAGACCUCAAUUUAGACCAAGUAUAAAAGAAGUGAUUCAGCCAGACGUGAUGGAGGAAAUGGUGGUGUCAUGUGUUAUUAAGCACUUGAACUUGGUUGAUGCACUGCAGUCCCUAAUAAAUUUCCAAUAUCAGGAAGAACAUGCUGAGGAAUAUGAUUUAUUGUGUAAAAUUAUGGGAGAGACCUUUAAGAAACUCAAUGCCAUGGAAAGACAGCUACAGAGUGUUGCAGAACUGGAACAGAAAUGGCAAAGUGAGGUUGAGGAUGCUGUGCAGGGGAAGAUAGCUAUGAAAUUGAAUGAAUUUUUCAGCCUUUCUUGGGAAAACCAAUUUAAUAAGAUUUUCAUUUUUCAAGCUGAAAUAAUUUUUAACCUAAUAUUCAGGUUAUAAAAAUGGCCUAAAAACUGUCAGUGUGCUGUGCCAGCUGUACUGGUGGCUGAACUCUGCUGCAAAGCGAAGACACACUCAGACCAUUUGGGAGUUCUGUGUUAUGUUGCUAUAACUCCUUACUAAUCGGAUAGCAACAAUGUUAGCCCUUUUAUUCCCUUUUUUUUUUUUCCAGCUUGUAAAUCAGCUUCUGAAACAAAGGUGAUAUCUCAUGCUGUCCGGCAGCCUGUUUUUCUUCGCAGCAUGUCAGCUCCUUCUGACCUGGAAAUGAUUGGUAAUGAAGAUUUGGAAUUUACUAGAGCAAAUCAGAGGCGUCGCCAUGUGACCAGCCACCGCAGCAGCUCCUUUACCCUUCUGCAGUCGCUGGCCAUUGAGGACAGCAGGGACAAGCCCACCUACAGCGUCCUGCUGGGGCAGCUGUUUGCCUUCAUCGGCACCAACCCCGACCAAGCUGUGUCCAGCAGCAGCUUUCUUUUGGCUGCGCAGACAAGGUGGAGGCGGGGGAACACUCGCAAGCAGGCCCUGGUGCACAUGCGGGAACUGCUGACGGCAGCCGUGCGCGUUGGAGGAGUGACUCAUCUUGUGGGUCCAGUGACGAUGGUCCUCCAGGGAGGACCCAGAAUUGAAGAACUCACAUGUGGUGGGAUGGUCGAGCAGGUCCAGGAAGCCUUCGGCGAGACCAUGACCUCUGUGGUGUCUCUGUGCGCUCGUUACCCUAUCGCUUGUGCAAACAGCAUCGGACUCUUAUGUACCAUACCUUACACCAGGAGUGAAGAGAAGUGCCUGGUACGCAGUGGCCUCGUUCAGCUCAUGGAUCGACUGUGCAGCCUGAGCAGUCAGACCGAGUCCAGCUCCAGCGAAAAACAAACCAAGAAGCAGAAGGUGGCCACCAUGGCCUGGGCCGCCUUCCAGGUGCUUGCCAACCGCUGCGUCGAGUGGGAAAAAGAAGAAGGGGGCUCCACAGAGGCCGUGCACUCGGGUCUGGCCCGUCAGGUGUCCAGCCUUCUCACUAACCACCUCGCCCGAGCAACCGAGUGCUGCGGCAACCAGGCUGCUGGAAAUGACGCCCUCCAGGAUGUCCUUAGUCUUCUCAACGACCUCUCAAGGAGUCACAUAGGUAAAGCCAUCCUGAGCCAGCCAGCGUGUGUGUCCAAACUCCUCUCCCUGCUGCUUGACCAACGCCCAUCCCCAAAGCUGGUCCUUAUCAUUCUUCAGCUGUGCCGGGCGGCGCUGCCACUGAUGAGCGUAGAAGACUGUGGAAACGUGGAGCUCCCGCCCUGGAGCUACUCUGUCCCCUCCUUGAACAGUGAGCAGGAGGAUCCCAGCGACCCAGCGUCCAAGAUCGCCUCCUUGCUCUUAGCAAAGCUGGCAGAUUACGUGGUCCCGGGAUGUCAGACAGUUCUUUCUCCAACCGCUUCCGAACCUGACACCACAUUGACAAAAAGCAGUCCCAAGAAUUCCUUAAAAGGAGAUAAAGACCCUGGAGAAGAGAGUGAAGCGGUGGAUGGCAAGCUGUCUAUAUUUAUCCAUAAGCGGGAAGACCAGUCAUCCCAUGAAGUCCUCCAGCCAUUGCUAAGUAGCUCAGAAGGACGGCCCUUCCGACUUGGUACUGGCGCCAACAUGGAGAAAGUUGUGAAGAUGGAUCGAGACAUGACCAAGGGUGGCUGUUGCGAAGUGAUUACAGAAGAGGCCGCAGCCGCCCUUCGGAAAGCGACCAAGUGGGCACAGUCAGGCCUCAUCGUCAGUGUCGGGCCACCUGUAGAGUCCAUCAACCCAGAGACUGUGAGUGGACUGUCCACAGGCGACAAAAAGAAAACCGCCCAAACCUCCAUUUGCCGAGAGAGGAACUCCGAACUUGCAAGGACUGAUCCUGUCCGCCCGUUUAUCAGCGGGCACGUGGCAAACAGCAUGGCUGCAGAAGUGAUCGCCUUGCUGCACAGCUUGCUAAUGGCACCUGAGUCAAAUGCUGCUCAAAUAUGGACCACAACAGCAGAGAAGGUUGGAGAGCGACUCACGGUCGUGGAGGUGCAGUGUGAACGGCUGCGGAUGCUCUACCGGGACUGUGCUCGGCCCCCGCCGCCUCCCCUGCAGGCCGACCGGAGACAGCCCAAAGAGAUCACGUGGAGCCCGUCUCGAGUGUUCCCCCCUGUCCGAGCCUGCAUGUUCUCGUCUCACCUCACCUCCGUCACCUUCCUGGCCGACCCCAGCGCUGGGGGGGGUCUGCCCCGGGGCACUUUCAUCUACGCCACGUCACCGCUGCCUGUUCAGGCCCCAUCUUUUUACUGGGAAAUCGAAAUUGUUUCCUAUGGAGAUACCGAUGAUGACACUGGACCAAUAGUUUCCUUUGGCUUCGCUACAGAAGCAGAGAAACGGGAUGGGGCUUGGACUAAUCCAGUGGGCACUUGUCUUUUCCAUAACAACGGCCGAGCUGUGCACUACAACGGCUCCAGUUUGUUGCAGUGGAAGAGCGUUCGCUUAGACGUGACUCUCUCUCCCGGUGACGUGGCAGGAAUUGGCUGGGAGAGAACAGAGGGGACCCCGCCGCCUCCAGGGCAGCCAGCCAAGGGCCGGGUGUACUUCACGUACUGUGGGCAGCGCCUCUCACCGUAUCUCGAAGAUGUCUCUGGUGGCAUGUGGCCAGUGGUUCACAUUCAGAAAAAGAACACCAAAACUCGAGCUAACUUUGGCUCCCGCCCGUUUGCCUAUGCCGAAGGGCAGGCCCACCGCAAUGCCGCUGACCUGUGUACCGACCUGGCAGAAGAGAUUAGCGCUAACUUCGAGGCCCUGCCCUUCGCCAUGGCGUCUGACAGUGACAAUGAUGCUGGCACCAGUAUUGCAUCAGACCCGGGCACCCAUGGGCCACCGUGCCGGAUUGCGGCUGUGGCCACUGCUCAGCAACAAUACGAUAGUGACACUUCCUGUCAUUACAAAGUUGAGCUCAGCUAUGAGAAUUUCAUCACCUCUGGCCCAGACCCUCACCCGCCUCCCAUUGCGGAUGACGAAAGUGAUGAUGAUGACGAUGAUGACAUCCCGCAGGAGGACCACUACGCCCUGCUGGUGAAAGCAUGGGAGACCAAGGUUUUUCCUACCAUCCGAAGACGCUUCCGCAACGAAGCAGAGCGGAAAUCAGGCCUGGACCAGAUCAAGGGUGCUCUACAACUAGGCAUGGUGGAUAUUGCCAGGCAGACGGUUGAGUUUCUUUAUGAGGAGAACGGUGGCAUCCCGAGAGACCUUUAUCUUCCCACCAUCGAAGACAUUAAAGAUGAAGCAAACAAGUUCACAAUUGAUAAAGUUCGAAAAGGUCUCACGGUAGUAACCCGCUCUCCGGACAGCAAUAACGUAGCCAGCAGUACUGUUGGAACUGCUCUGCCAAAAUUUGCCAUCCGAGGGAUGCUGAAAACCUUUGGGCUUCAUGGAGUUGUCCUGGAUGUCGAUUCAGUGAAUGAAUUGGUGCAGGUGGAAACGUACCUCCGAAGUGAAGGUGUGCUGGUGCGAUACUGGUAUCCUAUUGAUAUGUUGGAAAGGCCCCCAGCAGGCUACCGAAGGACUGCCACCAACGGGCUGGUCACCCUGGACAAUACCAACCUUCAAAUUCACAGAGAGCUGCUGCGCUGCGAGGCCGCGCUGGCCAGGCUCUACUGCCGCAUGGCCCUGCUCAAUAUCUUCGCCCCCAAGUUGCCUCACCUGUUCACCCGCCUCUUCCACAUCCCUGCCGUCCGGGAUAUCACCCUGGAGCACCUGCAGCUGCUGUCCAAUCAGCUCCUCGCUCCUCCCCUCCCAGAUGGCACCAUCAGCUCCAGCUCGAUCCUCCUGGCGCAGUCUCUGCAGCACUGCAUCCAUUCCCAGAACUGCUCCGCCACAGACCUGUUUUACCAGGGCAGCUCCCAGACGGUGAGGGAGUGGCUCAGUGUGGCCAUCACCCGGACCCUGCACCAGGGCGAGGACAGCCUUUUGGAGCUGACGAAACAGAUCUGUUCUUUCCUGCAGACAGCACCAGAGCAGUUCCCCUCCGAGGAGUUCCCGAUUACUGAGUCCAAAGUCAAUAUGGAUGUUAAUUUCCCCGGGGCGGCCUUUGUCGUCGUGUCUUGCAAAGAAAGUCAGUCUGGAUUCCGCAAAGACUCCUCUCUGUACAAGGCGCCGUGGGCUCGAGUGCUCGUGUAUGGCCUUGGCCACAAGGUGAAGCGAAAUGGCCAGCUGAACCUCAUUGAGGCUGCCUGCUACCCACGGGACGCGUCCCCCGCCAACACUGGGCUCGCACCUCCCCCCACCACUGACCAGUACCCCUCUGUGGUCCUCUCCACGGACAGGGUGCACAUCAAACUGGGGGUGUCUCCACCUCCCGGAGCCGUGCUGGUGUUACACUCUCUGCCCCUGGAGUUCCCGCUGGCUAUGGCUUUCGCAGAGCAGCUGCUGUCCUGGAAAUCAGAGGAUGGCGAAGGGAAAUCCGAAGAUGAGCCUGACACCAUCCCGACGUCUGUCCUCCUGCAGGUGGUGGAGCUGCUAGGAAACUUCCUGUGGACCACGGACAUGGCGGCCUGCGUGAAGGAGCUCGUUUUCCACCUCCUGGCGGAGCUCCUGCGCACGGUGCACGCCCUGGAGCAGAGGCGGCAUCCCGCCGGCCUGUCCUCCUCCAUCGCCCUGCAGCUGAACCCCUGCCUGGCCAUGCUGAUGGCCCUGCAGUCGGAGCUCCACAAGCUGUACGACGAGGAGACCCAGAGCUGGGUCUCGGGCGGCACCUGUGGGGGCUCCGGCGCAGCGGCAGCCAGCGACCAGGGCAGGUUCUCUACGUACUUUCACGCGCUCAUGGAAGGGUGCCUGGCGGUGGCCGAAGUGACCCUGCCUACCAACAUGAGUGUCACAGCCAGCGGGGUGACCUCAACGACCGCCCCCAACCUCAGUGACUCAUCCUCCUCCUCCUCGUCCUCCCCAGGACAGACCCCGCAGAGCCCCAGCCUCCUGUCCAAGAGGAAAAAAGUCAAGAUGAAGCGGGAAAAGGCCUCCUCCUCGGGCAAGCGCCAGUCCCCGCGCACGGUGGAGUCGGACACCGCCGUGCUCAGCAUCGGGGGCAGCAAGCCCGAGGACAUGCUGUGGUUCCAUCGCGCACUCACCCUGCUCAUCAUCCUGCGGCACCUCACCAGGAAGGACCCGCAGGGGCUGGGCGUGACGAGCGACGCCAUCGCCGACGCCUGCCAGGCGCUGGUGGGCCCCACUGCCCACAGCCGCUUGCUGGUGAUCUCGGGGAUCCCCACCCACCUGGACGAGGGCAUCGUCAGAGGCGCCAUCCGCAAGGCCUGCAAUGCCCACGGCGGGGUCUUCAAAGAUGAGAUCUACAUUCCGCUGCAGGAGGAAGACCCCAGGAAGCCCAAAGACAAGGCCGAGGGCAGUGACGGGAAGGCCGAGCUGGAGAAGACCCUGGGCUUCCCCGGCACCGACAGCCUGGAGGUGAGCACGUCCAGCAGCCUGACGCCCGCCAUGAGCGUCAGCGCAUCUGCCUCCACCAGCCAGGCCUCCAUCUGCAGCUCCCAGGGCAUCUCGCAGACCGUCAGCGACCUCUCCGUGGACCCGCUGCCCUCAGGCCUCGAGCUGCCCAUCCCUCCCGGCUUGUUGGAGCCCCACGUGGUGUCCAGCCAGGAGAGCCUGGACAUCUCCCUGUGUAGCACCGGCAGCCUGGGCAGCCUCGGCAGCCUGGGGGAGCCCCUGGACAACGCAGAGACGGCCUCGGCUUCGGACAUGGGCUCCAUGUACACGGUCACAUCCCUGGACAGCCAGCCCCUGGCAGCGCGCCCCAUCAAAGGCUUUGCAGUCGUGGAGAUCAGAUCCCGAGCCAAAAUUGAGAAAAUUCGAGCCAGUUUAUUUAAUAAUAACGAUUUGAUUGGUCUGUCAAGUUUGGACGGUGAAGACGAACUGAUGGAAAUGUCAACGGAAGAGAUUCUGACCGUCUCUGUAGUAAAUCAGAGUUUGUUUGACACUCAAGGGAGCCCGGGGCUAGAAGAUUAUUUCAAUGAUAAGUCAAUUAAAGGCGAGAAGCUGGUGCCCGGGGCCAGAGAGGUUCUGACGGAAAUAUUUAAGAGCUGUGCCCAUUCGGAGCAGACGCUGAGCCUGACACCAGCGAAGCCCAUCCGAGUCUCUGACAUUUAUCUCAGCAAAGAGCAGAUCAACUCCCAGACCCCUGGCAACCUUCUCCAGCUCUUCUUCACCAACGUCCGGCCUCCAAAAAAGGUGCUGGAGGACCAGCUCACCCAGAUCCUGAGGAAAUACGGCGUGCCCAAGCCCAAGUUCGACAAGAGCAAGUACAGCAAAGCCGGGAAGGAGCAGCACCCGGUGAAGGUGGUGAGCACCAAGCGGCCCAUCACCAAGCCGCCCGCCAAGGACAAGGCCGUGCUCAACAGCGUCAGCAGGACUGCCUUAAGUGAAAAGAAGCCAACUGUGAAGCCAAAGUCACCAGAAAAGAGCAAACCAGAUGAAAAGGACCCAGAGAAGUCACCCACCAAAAAGCAAGAAGUCCCUGAGGAGAAAUACCUGACCUUGGAAGGAUUUCACAAAUUCGUUAUUGACCGAGCCAAGCAAGACAUCCGCAGCGUCUGGAGGGCGAUUCUGUCCUGUGGUUACGAUCUUCAUUUUGAGAGGUGUGCUUGCAUCGACGUCCGACACGCACAGAAGGCCUCGCGGAAGUGGACCCUGGAGAUGGACGUGGCGCUCGUGCAGUACAUCAAUCGGCUGUGCCGCCACCUGGCCAUCACGCCCGCGCGGCUCCAUCCCCACGAGGUGUAUCUGGACCCGGCCGAUGCAGCUGACCCCAGAGUGGCCUGUCUCUUGAACGUGCCCAUCGAGAGCCUGCGCCUGCGCUUCGCCCUGCUGCAGUCCCUCAACACCACGCUGGAGACCUUCUUCCUGCCCCUGGUGGAGCUGCGCCAGACUCCCAUGUACACCCACGGCAUCGCCGCCCUGCUGAAGGAGGCCAAAGGGCUGAUCUUCUAUGACACGAAGGUGACGGUGAUGAAUCGAGUGCUGAACGCCACUGUGCAGAGGACAGCGGACCACGCGGCCCCCGAGAUCACCUUGGACCCACUGGAGAUUGUGGGAGGGGAAAUCAGAGCUUCUGAAAACUCCUACUUCUGCCAGGCAGCCAGGCAGCUGGCCUCGGUGCCCUCAUCUCAGCUCUGCGUCAAGCUAGCUAGUGGUGGUGACCCCACGUAUGCCUUCAACAUCCGCUUCACUGGGGAAGAGGUCCACGGCACCAGCGGCUCUUUCCGCCACUUCCUGUGGCAGGUGUGCAAAGAACUGCAGAGCUCCUCGCUGUCGCUCCUCCUGCUGUGCCCCAGCUCGGCUGUCAAUAAGAACAAGGGCAAGUACAUCCUGACCCCCAGCCCCAUCACCUACGGGGAGGAGCAGCUGCUGCACUUCCUCGGGCAGCUGCUGGGCAUUGCGAUUCGAGCAGACGUCCCUCUUCCCUUGGACCUCCUGCCCUCCUUCUGGAAGACACUGGUGGGCGAGCCCCUGGACCCUGACCAAGACCUGCAGGAGGCAGACAUUCUCACCUACAAUUACGUCAAGAAAUUCGAGAGUAUCAACGACGAGACCGAGCUGGAGGCCUUGUGUGCCGAGAUCGCCUCCCAGCAUCUGGCCACCGAGAGCCCUGACAGUCCCAACAAGCCCUGCUGCAGGUUCACCUACCUGACCAUGACGGGCGAGGAGGUGGAGCUGUGCAGCCGCGGCCGGCACAUCCCUGUGGCGUGGGAGAACAAGGACAUCUAUGCGGCGGCCAUCCGGAGCCUGCGGCUGCGGGAGCUGCAGAACACGGAGUGCGUGACGGCGGUGCGGGCCGGCCUGGGCUCCAUCAUCCCCCUGCAGCUGCUGACCACGCUCAGUCCGCUGGAGAUGGAGCUGCGCACCUGCGGCCUCCCAUAUAUCAACCUCGAGUUCCUGAAGGCCCACACCAUGUACCAGGUGGGGCUGAUGGAGACAGACCAGCACAUCGAAUUCUUCUGGGGGGCUCUGGAGAUGUUCUCCCAGGAGGAGCUGUGCAAGUUCAUCAAGUUUGCCUGCAACCAGGAACGCAUCCCGUUCACCUGCCCGUGUAAAGAUGGCGGCCCUGACACAGCCCACGUGCCCCCAUACCCCAUGAAGAUCGCCCCCCCAGAUGGCACAGCAGGUUCUCCAGACUCACGCUACAUCCGAGUGGAGACCUGCAUGUUCAUGAUCAAGCUUCCCCAGUACUCCUCUCUGGAAAUCAUGCUGGAGAAACUUCGUUGUGCCAUUCACUACCGUGAAGACCCCCUAAGUGGCUGAUGAAAGGGAGUCCCAGAGUUAGGCUGUCACCGAGGCACCCACUCUGCCGGCUUGGGAAGCCUGCCACUGCGGGCAUGUCCCUCCGGGGCCCUGCGUGAGGAGUUGGCAACAUUUUGCUUUUCCAAACUUUCGUCCAUGUUCCAGGACCUCCUGGAAAACUUAACCUUUUGUAUUUGUACGUUUUGUGAUGGGUUGGUUCUUUUGCUGCCUGUUUGUGGUCUAUUUGUAGGAUAGUUCAGUUCCCGGACAGUUUGUGUCUAAUUUGAUCUUUAUGGACAUUGUCCCCCAUGGCCACCAGAUUCUGAUGCCAUAAGGCCCCAGUUGGUUCCUCAUCACAGAACAACCAAGCAGGAGACUGGGGGUGAGAUGACCUUGGCCACAGAGCGCCCUGUUCUUUCUGCAGAGCAUCUCCACAAACACGCCUGUGGCCAGCCCUGCCCUCCCACCUCGAGCUGGAGUUUCUCCCAGAGGCAGCUCCUGCAGGCCUCCUUCCACCUGGAGAUGGUCAGGCCAGUUGCCCCAACAUGUGAGAGACACACAGGGAGCUUCAUGUUAAUCUUCCAGCUUUAGGACUUGUUCUUGGUCUUGGUUUUUCUGAAGAAAAGCCCACACUGGCUCCCCUGUCCCCUCCCACCCAUACAAGCCUAUCUGCUAUGUCUCUUGUGGGCCCCUGGUCUGACAGUUGUCCCCAGAGGACUCCUCAGAAGCAGAAGACUCAAGGGUUCGUUCCUGACCUUAGUUCCUAGAGACAGGCUGGCUGCAUCCCAACUGCAGGAGUUGAGAAGACACUGGAGUUGGGGGACAGUGCUCAAGUGGGGGCCUUUUCUGAUACCGAUUGAACAGGAAAGCACACAAUUCAAGCCUACCCCACUUUGUGCUCAGAAACGGCCCUUCUUCACUGCAGUGAUGUGAGGGAGAGGAAAGAGCCACAUACUGGUUUUUAAAAGAGCUAUCUGAGGUGCUCUGCUCAGUUUGGGGUCUACUUUAGUGACUCAGACCUUCAAGUCCACAUGCAGACUCCAGGACUUUGUGCCCCUCUGGUCGGGCCCACCCGGCACUCCCCUCGCUGCCUCAUGUAAGUGUAUGUGCCAGGGCUGAGCUGCCUCUAGGCUCACCCCCUGCCCCAGUGCAUUUGUGCCCCAAAUAGGUCUUUGUCCAGUGGUACUUUGUUCAUGAGCAGCACAUGCCAUCUUGUUGGACACUGUCAUUUUGGGCCUUGCCAGGUCUCAGAAUUGCAUCACUGUAUUUAUUGUAUAAUAUUGUGAAUACUGGAAGUUCCGAAUGAGUGCUGUCUAGAAGGCUUUGGAGUGUGGAUGCUGGUCCAAGAAAGAGGAUGUGCCCUGGCCUGCUGGAAAGAUGUGUGAGUUUUAGAGUUAGAGCCGUUAGCAUCCAUCUUCUCCUUAUUAUUCAUAGGAAAUGCAUUAAGGACCAUUAUAGAAAAGAUUCCCUGACCUAAGGACGUGAUAAACCUAGGAUAAAUUGUGACUGCUGCAUCAGUUACAUUUGAUGCAAGUCACACCUCUGGAGGUGAGUACCUGCAAGCAGUUCCCCUGCUUUGAAAGGAAGAUGGUCAGCCCGCUGCCUCCCCGGAAGCCACUUCCCCUUGACGUGAGAGGGGGAGGGGGUCACAUCCAGGAUAUAUUCCUGACAAGGAUCCUCUUAUUUCAUUGCUGUAUAAUGAAAGAGCUUCUGGAGUUAUUAGAAAUGAUUUUUCCUCCCUGUAUCUUUAAAUUCUUGAUUCCUUCCAAUCAUCAUCCCUUGAAAGGACUUGUCAGCUACCUCCCCAAGAGGGGUUGGCCCAUCACUUGAUUAGAUGACAGUUGUGAGUAAGGUAUCUGCUGCUAACAUGGCUGCUUUUCCCAGAGAACACAUUGAGGUCCAGACCCAUCCAAACCUUGGCCCUAAAGAAAUGUGUGCUGUAAAGUUACUUGAUGUAUAUUUAUUAUAAUUAUUUAUGGUUGCAUUUAAACUUUUCAUUCAAUCUGAUGCUGUUUACACCAUGCCGUGUAAAGGAAGCUCACUACAGGAAAAAAAAUCACACCAAUAAAUAACCUUCAUCUAAUUUUGAUUUACCUUAAGAGUUGUGUGAUCAUCUACUCUUGCUGAGCAAGCUCAAAGGCCGGACAUGCUUGGAUGGCUCUGAUGCUUAAGUGCUGCCAAGUGGCUAGGAAUUAAAGUGUUUCCAAUUAU